AUUUAUUUUCUCUGUAAAUCUGUGUUUGGGUAAGCUUGGGUCAGUAGUGCGCUGAACGAGCAGCGACCAACAACUAUCCCCCAAAAAGAAACACAUAAAAAACCAAAAAAAAACAAACAACAACCCAAGCGAUCCCCGCAUGGAAAACUUCUAAUCUCUUCUUGUCUCGUGGUGGAGAGUUUCGCGAGUUCGAGUCUGUGCGUCCCUCCCGUGUGUGGGUACGUCCGGUUGGAGUUCAGGUGUUCCAGGUGUAUCCCAUUGUUAUAUGCGUGCCCUGUGGAAUUGUGUGUGUGUGUGCGUGUGUGAUUAAGUCCCUUCACUAUUUUUUUUUUUGUUUUUGGUUUUUGUUGGUUUUACUUUGGUGUGUCGUGUCGUACGAUCGAAAAGUGCUCGCAUGGAGAUGCUAAGGAAAGAUGCCCCAGCGGCUCUGGGGACACCGAGCAGUGUCUUCUAUCUAUUAUUGCUACCCACUUUAGUGCUCUGGUAUAUCUAUUGGCGACUAUCGCGUGCUCAUCUCUAUCGUUUGGCCGACAGGCUGCCGGGACCGCGAGGAUUACCCAUAGUGGGUCAUCUGUUUGAUGUAAUUGGACCCGCUUCGUCUGUUUUUAAAACAGUCAUACGCAAGAGUGCUCCAUUCGAGCAUAUAGCCAAAAUGUGGAUUGGCCCCAAGCUAGUGGUCUUCAUCUAUGAUCCAAGGGAUGUCGAGUUGCUGCUCAGUAGUCAUGUAUACAUUGACAAGGCCUCCGAAUACAAGUUCUUCAAGCCCUGGCUAGGUGAUGGCCUGCUGAUAAGCACAGGUCAAAAAUGGCGAUCGCAUCGUAAACUAAUCGCACCCACAUUCCAUUUGAAUGUCUUAAAGAGUUUCAUUGAAUUGUUUAACGAGAAUUCGCUUAAUGUGGUGCGGAAGCUGCGUGCAGAGGAUGGACGCACAUUUGAUUGUCAUGAUUACAUGAGUGAGGCAACUGUAGAGAUUCUAUUGGAAACGGCAAUGGGCGUAUCGAAAAAGACACAGGACAAAUCAGGAUUCGAAUAUGCAAUGGCUGUGAUGCGAAUGUGUGACAUACUUCAUGCCCGUCAUCGCAGCAUAUUCCUACGCAACGAAUUCAUAUUCACAUUGACCCGCUACUACAAGGAGCAGGGACGUCUGCUCAAUAUCAUCCAUGGCCUGACCACCAAGGUUAUUAGAAGUAAGAAAGCCGCAUUCGAGCAGGGAACUCGCGGAUCUUUGGCCCAGACGGAAUUGCAGCAGAAGCUACAGGAGCAACAGAUACAACAGGCCAAGGAAAAGGAGAAGGAGCAUGGUGAACUGAUUACAUCUCCACCAUCUACCACGGCUACAAAUGAAACGAAAGCCAAUCAAACGCAAACGCAAACACAAACACAAUCCCAAGCGCCAGUGGCUGGUCUAUCGUAUGGCCAGUCGGCUGGUCUCAAAGACGAUUUGGAUGUGGAUGACAAUGAUAUUGGCGAGAAGAAGCGUUUGGCCUUCCUCGAUCUAAUGCUGGAGAGUGCCCAGAAUGGGGCCCUCAUCACGGAUACGGAAAUUAAAGAGCAAGUGGAUACCAUUAUGUUUGAGGGACAUGACACCACAGCGGCUGGCUCGUCGUUCUUUCUCUCGCUGAUGGGCAUACAUCAGGAUAUACAGGAUCGGGUUAUUGCCGAAUUGGAUGGCAUAUUUGGUGAUUCGAAGCGUCCGGCCACAUUUCAGGAUACCCUCGAAAUGAAGUAUCUGGAACGUUGUCUCAUGGAAACACUUCGCAUGUUCCCGCCGGUGCCAUUGAUAGCACGUGAAUUGCAAGAGGAUUUGAAACUUAAUUCGGGCAACUAUAUUAUACCACGUGGAGCUACAGUCACAGUGGCCACAAUUCUAUUGCAUCGCAAUCCGAAGGUCUAUGCCAAUCCAAAUGUCUUUGAUCCGGAUAAUUUUCUGCCCGAACGUCAGGUCAAUCGGCACUAUUAUGCCUUUGUCCCAUUCUCGGCUGGGCCACGCAGUUGUGUGGGUCGUAAAUAUGCCAUGUUAAAGCUAAAAAUUCUACUAUCGACCAUUUUACGGAACUAUCGCGUCUACUCAGAUCUUAGCGAGUCGGACUUUAAACUUCAGGCGGACAUUAUCCUGAAACGAGAGGAAGGCUUCCGUGUGCGCCUACAACCACGUGGUGCAUCAUAAGAAAAAUAGAACAAAAGAAACUUAUAAUCCAUUAAAGAGAAUGUAAAACGAAAGCAAAAACCACAUACUAUACUAUACAUAUUUCUACUUCUACGCAAGUGAUAGUCACCGGUUAUACAGUAAAACUCAAAUAAAAUGAACACAAAACAAAACAAAAGAGAAAGGAAAGCAAGAACUAAUCGCAAAUACUAUUGAUUGAUGAUCGAUACACAAUAUAUGUACACCUAAUUUACUAAAGACCUCUAGAUUAAUAUGUUUUUUUUUUUUUGUCUCGUUUAUUUGGUCGCAUUUAACAACUGAUAUAUGAUAAAAGCAAAA